GGGACAAAUUAAAAAAUUGACAUCAUCCCUAUUUCCUGCUAAAGAUAUAUCUGAAAAUUAGCUUAAAAGCUUAUUUACUUCCCUACUUUAUUUUGCUUUUUUUGAUAAUGGUCGGUUCCUAGUUUCCCCUAGACAUUUUAAAUGAACCCUCUCAUUUGAAGAUAUAUAGGAUAAAAGAACUAGCCGGGAGAAUAGGGUUCUACGAGGCCCUUGAGAGCAUUCUGAGCGGGUCGGCCGGCAGCGCUCUGCCCUAUCAUUUCAUACAAAUUGUUUUAUAUUUCACUUAAGAACAUAAGUUUUAGGUUAUAGUGAACUUCGAGAGUUUUGUUUACUUUCCUCUCUGUUGUUUAUUGUAGACUAUUUUGAAAUAGUUGGUUGAGAUAUAGUUACAAAAACUUUGAUAUCUGGAAAUUCUCUCUUCUGGAUUCUUUGUCUCGAGAUCUAAGUAUUGAGAAAGGAUUUUAUUUGAUUUUAAGAAUUUUUAGGAUUCCCUUCAGAAACAGUAAAAAUGGAAUUCUAUUAUCUAAUGAGGCACCGCUGUCUGUCACCAUGCUAUACCUGAUGAACCGUGAUAGCUGGACAGUUGAUUUUUCUAGCGAUAGGUACAUACUGUAGGUCCGAAAAACCGGACAUGUGCAUGUCCAGUCAGACUUGCACACUGACAACGUAAAUAUAGACAAGUAUUAUUAAAAGUGACGACAAUAUCCAAUAGCCGUAUUUAACAACGUUUUGCGUUAUUUUCGUUCCCAUAAAUCCACAACGCCCAUAUUUUUAAUUGCAAUUAGUAGAAAGAUUAUACAAAAAUAGCUCGUAUUAAUAUAAUGUUACUACCACGCACGUGCCAAUUUUACAUUGAAUUUGUUGGAAAUAUAUUCUAAUUGCGUCUAUUUGUUGUAAAUAUGAGAAGGGUGAUUCUCAGAGUGCAUAAUCCGUCCUCGCCCACGCAGAAUUCUGUACAGCGUAUGAAAUGCACAGCUCGUAGGCGAGCAGAUCAUAACAAGGGUCUAUUUCUGUACUUUACUGGAUAACCCUCCUUUUAGAGUUAACACGUAGGUAGAACCUUUCCUUUGUGGCACUUAUUAAUUAUUAAUUAAAAUAUUGUUCAAAUCCAAGAAUUGUACCUAUCGUAUUAACUUAUCAAUAAAAAAAUUUAGUAAUAAGUGCGAUUUAGACUUGUGACGUUGAGGGUUUCGUUUCGUACUAAUAAGCUAAGGAUAAAGGGGCUUGAGAAAAUUAUAACCUGAUCUACCUAAUAUGUUGCCUAAUCUGGAUUUAAAAUUUUAUAUUUUGUUACAGCGGCAACAAUAAUUCGUCAUUUGUGAAAAUUUCAACUGUAUUACUAUAACGGUUUAUGAGAUACAGCCUAGUGACAGACGAACAAUAGAGGCAGAGCACGAGUGGCAAGCAUACAGCGGAGCCAUAGUAACAUGGUUCCGUUUUUACUCUUUUGGGUACAACCCUAAAAAAACUAUUUUUGAAGAUGUUAGGAUUAAGAAUUAACUUGAUAAAUAGUUUGUUAAAUAAUACCUAAGAAAAUGAUAGUAGUCUUCCAGAUGUACUGGUUUUAGAGUUAGAAAAGUCACAUUAACUUGUUAAGAGCGUAGGAAGUCUCUCACGGUCACGGUGUUCCCUGAUAAAAAUGACAAUAUAAAUACCGCAUAAUGUAAUGAGGACCAGUUAACGAACAAAUUGAUAUUACAGGGUCCGCUCUCGUAACAUAAUUAUUAUUUUAAUCUAUGAUAUACGUCCGGGCGGGACGGGGACGUGCUUGUCGCUUAAUUGUACGGAUUAUCGCAAAUCUGGCGUCCGCGACACGCGCGAUUGAUGUCGUCUCUGCAUUUACCUACCCAUUACUCCCCAACCCGGGAGCUACCGCUACGAAAGCCACUUACUUGUACCUGUACUUGUUUUACCCCUAACCUUGAACUAAUUUUGUAACUUGUUAUUUGUUGGCUUGUUAGAUAUCGGCUUCGUGAAAUAGGGUAAAGGAUAUAUAAGUAUCUACAGUAAGAAGUAUUGAACAACACGCUUGACUUGUGAUGUUUGUCAGGAUUUUUGAGGAGUUGUUAGGAUUAUUAAGUAAGUAUACCUACUUAUAGCUUUAAAAAAACAGAUUCGUACUUGCUUGCACUAAAUUCAAGCCGCAAGACAUCCACAUUCUUAAGUACACCUGUUAAUAGUAAAUGUCUGAAUUUUAUGACAAAUUGAAUAGUCUACAUUGUUAAUCCACUUCAGCCUCUUUUUUUACUUUCUGUUUAUCCUUUUGAUGUUUCAUAGGUUAUACAGGCAAAUUACUAUCAUUAACUUAGGUAUGUUCAGUUUCGACCUCUCAAUAUCUCGACCUUCAUCAGAUUCUCUAACACCUCCGAAAUAAACAUCAUACAUUGACGCAAUAAGGCUCGAUAUCAAAUGUUAAAAUUGUAUCUUAAGCACAGAGCUAAACGUAAGAACUUCUGAAGGUCCUCUUUUUAUAAAUAUUCCACUAAUCUUGAGCGUCACCGCCGAGUCGGGGAAAAGCUACAACGAUGUGAGUAGCUUACAGUAUACAGAAUACAAAGUGUACGAGAGGAGAGAUUACUGGCCACGGUGCCCCUAAAAAUUGGUUCCCUGGGCAGUCGACCCCCUUACCCUCCACCGCGUCGACUCUGCAUGUAGGUAAUUAAAAUCCGCGCUGAUCAAAGUCUCGUUUGGAUUACGAAUACCGUUACUGAAAAUCUCUUUGCAAGUUCAUUCAUAGAUACCUUAAUUAGGGUAUCUAUCUAACUUCAUUAAUUCAAAUAUUUUUUCUAUAACAUAAUCAUUUCACUGAUCUAUUUAUUAUAAACAUCGGAAAAAGAAGUUGUGAAAGUAAACUAAUCUUAUAUCCCGAGACCAUAAAAUACGAUUAUACAGGUUAAUUUGUUAUUUACAGGGUUACUUUUCAACUAUCAGAAAGUAAAGGUUUGUGUUAUUGGUAAGUGUGACAAAACAUUUUUUCAAUUUCGUGUCAAUAAGUUGCCGUUCCGUCGUAUUCUACAAGUUGCCUCUAGAAACAUGCAGCGAUACACAGCAGGUAAAUAAAGUCACAUGAUUAAAUCAUUCUAAUCUGUUAAAUAUUUAUUAUGGCAACAGAUAAGCUGAAGAUACCUAGUGGUCAAUGUGACAAAUGUGAUAACACUUAUGUACCUCUGCCAGUAUUAAGUGGUGACCUAGAGAUAAGUAAACACGUUAUACAUUGGUAUAGGUCAUUACAUAUAAUAUCGCUGUGCCCUGACAGGGUCGUGAUAUAAAUCAGAUAGGUAUCAGAGAUAAGAGAGUCACUAAUAUUAUAUAAUAAGGACGUUACCUUGGCUUAUGUUACUACGUCCCUAUCUGACAGGUCAAAGAACAAGUAUUUGAUACAGAAGUGCCCGAGUUUUGUUCGUUUACAAUUGUUUGCAGAUGGGAGUCACUUUCGACAAAAACGUGAGCCCAGUUCAUAAGAAAUAAGAAUGAUUCUGUGUUACAAUACGUAUUUCUUAUCAUUAUUGAAAUUAAAACAUCUUAGUAUUAAAGCGCUUGUCAAUAAUGACCCGCCAGACACUAAUUGAAUAUUUCAGAAGCUCCAUUAAUAAACUCGCCUGAAAGCCUAAGUGGGUAGCCAGAGAGAUUUAAGUUUUUAUUGAAGUAUAGACGAACAGUAAUUUUAUUGGGCAUUACAAAAACUAAAGAAUAAUUAAUUGCACGGUGUCAAAAUAUGUGGGUACGUGAUGUUAAACCUAUUGGAGUCGAUUUUAUGUUAAGCCUCAAUAACGAUUGACUUCAUAGUUUCUUAUGAAUCGUUACGCUUUCUCAUAUUAAUGCUGUGUACUGUGGGUGUCUUGGUUCGGUUAUUGAAACAUGAACUAACUGCUACUAAAGGGUUUUACGUUUACAGGACAAUUACUUUCUACGCAAUAGCAUUAUCAGAACUGGCAUAAAAAGAGAAACAAGGAACUGAACUUCAAGCAGCCCUUAUUUGAAGUUCUAAGGUAAAAAAUAACUUUAUGUGUAACCCUUUGUUUCGUUCGAGUCAUGCUGCCGCGCUGGGGGCACUCACACAAAUGCUGGCUUAGAAUGACAUGACAACUGCCAUCCUGACUGAUGAAGGCAGCUUCAGAAAGACUAUGAAAAAAGGUUCAUCUUUGUGCGUACCUAAGUGAGUGAGGAUGCUGCAAAGUGAAGGACCCGUGAUAUUGGUGAGCGGAUGCGGGGCGGGGUUGUCGAAACGGGGGCGAAGGUGCGGCGCGCGGAGGGCGGCUACCAUCCGCGCAGGGCGGGCGGGAGGCACGUAACAAGUGAAGCGCGCCCGGGAGCAACAGUCUGCCGCAGCCCGGCCACGCGGGCCCACAGUCCGCCGCUCGUGCCGUGUCCCGGAGCGCGCACCCCGCGUACAAAGGGAACCCGUGAUCUGCCCUCAGGGUACAUUUUACUCACCAAGGAAUCUGUGCAGUGCUUGGAGUGUUGAACCAAUAGUUGGAAAAUGUCAUGCUUUGGUGCCAGCGUGCUAAUCCCCGACUAACAAAGGAAACAGUGAUUUUGUGGUGAUUAGUGUCGUGAGAUGAUGUGUGUGAAGUGAAGUGAUAAAAGUAAAAUUAUCCGUCAUCAUGCUGCCGACUAAUGUUAUGUCGUUUAUGAAAAAGAUGGUGGCAACGGAGGACACAGCAAGCACGGUGCCCGGACACAUCGAAUCGCCGGGGACCUUCGGCAAGCUGCGACAAACGCUGUCCUCCUCACUGCUUACCGCCCAAGACAAAGUUGUUUCAGUAACUAAGCUGGGCCCGCGGCAGAGUGCCGCAGAGCCGGUCGCUGAGCCCACGCCGGCGCCGCCGCCCGCGCAGCCGCCGCCAGCACCUACACCAGCUAAGACUGAACGCGAGGCUGGUAAAGCUCCGUCCCGCGCCGGUGCUUGCCGGGUGUGCCUGAAGGCGCUGAAGCCGGGCGAGCCGUACCACACCUGCACCGGCUGCCAGCACCGCGUCUGCGAGGACUGCUCCUCAUACUCCAAGCCCACCACCGAUGAGGACGCUAACUUAUGGCGGUGUUCGGUGUGCCGGCGCAAGGCGCAGCCACGUCUGCCGCCCGCGGCGCAAGACAGUACGGACUCACUGCUGGAGGUGCCGGUGCUCGAGGCCCUGCAGCGGCGCCACUCAGAAGCCCGCCUCGGCAGCGGCGGCAGCAGCGCCGGCCUCGCACCGCCGCGGUCGCCUGAGCUCAGGCGACACUCCGAUGUCUCACCAGCAUCGCUCAAGGAACUAGAGAAGGUAAUGGUUAUCGGUGAACUCGGCAAACUUUUAUGUGCUUUUGUAACGAAAGUAAUAACUUUUUUAAAGGGCGGCGGCAGCACGACGCCUACGGUGGAGUCGCGGCGACCGAGCACGGUGACGCCCGCGCGCCGCCGCUCCGUGCGCGCGCCGCGCCAGCGCUCCUGCGACGAGGACCAGCCGCACUCGCCCGCGCACCAGCCCGCACUGCAGGCGCCGCCAGCUAUGUCCAGAAGAUCAUCAGCAGUGGAUGUAAUAGCCGGUGCAAGUUCUCGGCGUGGCUCGUACCGCACUGACGAGCCUAGCUCAGCUCCACAAAUCGCUCCUGGCCUUAGCGUCGAUGAGGACCGACCAAUAAGACGACGAGGCAGCCAACUGCCAGACAUAGCAGCUCUGCAACAAAAGACAGGUGCACUUAACGCGAUGGCAGCUCUAGCUUCUCGGAGCUCUGACGCGUCAGAAGCCUCAAUAGCGUCAGUGUCCGCAGCCACCGCGGCCGCCAUAUCUGCCGCGGCGCGCCAAAUGUCCGUGGACGCGGAAGCCAUCAAAAUUGUUAUUCAUGAUGUUGAUGACCGCACGCCGCGCCGUGUCUCACUGCGCCGCGAUCCGAACGAUAAAGGACAUCGCUCUCGUGGUUUCGGCAUGCGCGUGGUCGGCGGGAAACCGGACGCGAGCGGGCGCCGCGAGGCCGUCAUCGUGUGGACCGUGCCGGGCGGACCCGCCGACCUCGCCGGCCUGCAACAAGGCGACAAGGUGUUGGAAUGGGGUGGAGUUCCUCUCACGGAGCGCAGCUUCGAGGAAGUGUGCGCGGUGUUGGAGCGCGGCGGCGACAGCGUCGAGCUGCUGGUGGAGCCCGCGCCGCAGAUGGACGACACGCCGGCGCAGGCCAACCAGCCCUCCAUGCACCAUCACGCGUUAUACGAACCGGAUACCGACAAAUCACCAUCGUCGCCGACUCGACGGAAAUUGCCGAAAACCCCGGAGCAAGACCGUGCGGAGCGCGCCCGCGAGCGCCCGCCAGCGCGUGCGCAACUGCAAGUGUGGUUUGAGUGCGACCUGCGCAAGCUGGUGGUGGUGCUCAUAGCUGCCGAUGACUUGCCGCCCAGAGACCACACCCUGGGCUAUGGUGACGAACCUGAAGCAUUCGCCAGAAUACGUCUCCUGCCGUCGCUCGAGAGCUGCCCACCAGUCGAGACAGACCCAGCCUCUGCGUCAUGCAGCCCCGUAUGGAACGCCACGUUAAGCUUCGGUGGACUCACCGCCGACCUUUUGGCAGGCCGAGCAUUGGAGCUCACUCUCUGGGAUGCCUGCCCUGGCAUCGACCCAGUUUUGAUUGGAGAAUGCACUAUGGAAAUCGAAAAGGCCUUUGCUGAGGAGCGUGCAGUGUGGUGGACGUUGGAGGAGCGCGGGCCGCGGUCUGCCAACGCCUCGCCGCGAGGCUCGCUCACUGGUGCGCGCGCUUUACGCCGAGGAGACUUCGCCUCCCAGCGUUCGGUGUCAGAUGAUGUGGAUUCCAUUGGAGAAUGUGCAUCACUACUACAUCCUGACCACGCCUGGGUAGGAGGUUCUCGGCGAGGCUCUUCGCAGUCAGAAACUCUGGAGGUCGAAGUGUAUCAGCUCGGAAAAGAUUUCUCUCGAUCAUUACCUGGUUCUCGUCGUUCCUCAUUCCAACAGCAAGAAAAGGAAGGUGGGGCAGGCGACGUGUCGCCCGCCAUGAGCGCGCGCCGCAACGAGCGCCGCCGCUCGUCGUGCGUACGACGCGAUCCGGACGACAUCUUACGCUCGCUGCGAGCUGUCAAGGGAGAACUCGGCCGUACUCUGUCGCUGUCCGGCUCCACGGCCAGGCGCACAGCCACGGGGCGCAAGGGCAGCAUGUGGGCAGCGGUGCCGGCGGCGGCCGCAUGCGACGCGCUGGCCGACGACGAGGACGCCGUGCCGCUGGGGCCCGGCCAGCUGCCGCCACGGAACGCGCACCUGCCACCGCUCCACGCAGAGAUCAAUAUCAGCAUCAUCAUGAUCAAGGGACAACUGGAACUUGAGGUAUCGCAUGCUCGUCGUGUGUACGGCGUGAACGGAGAAGUGCCGGACUCGUAUGUCAAGUGCUACCUGCGCGAUGGGGAUAAGUGGCUGCAUAAGCGCAAAACUCGCGUGAUCAGGCGAACCACUGAGCCGCACUUUAAACAAACGCUCAAGUAUCAGGUACAAGCAAGCGAAGCGCUUGGACGCACCUUGGUGGUGAUGUUGUGGCAGCGUUGCGGCGGGUUCGAGCACAACCUGGCCCUGGGCGGCGCGGAGAUCUGCCUGGACAAGCUGACACUGCCGCAGCGCACAUACGGCUGGUACCCGCUGUUCCCCGCCACCUCCUUCGCCAACGACGAGUCGCCUGACUGAUCCAGGGAGCCGUCGCCGGAGCGCCGCGAUGACUAUUAGCGCACCACGACGGCUACACAUGUCCCCAACGAUGAUGCUCCUAUUUAUUUUUGCUGUGCAUAUAAACGCCCACAAUGCUGUGAAACGCUCGAACUUAUUGUGUUGUUAUUUGAAUGUGAUUGUAAAUAAUGAUUGGAAUUACCAGGCAUGGGUAAAGUCCACAUACAUAUAUAAAUAUACAUGUAAAUCCUGCAAAAGAUAUCAAUAUGAAGGAGCAUAUCAUUGCACUCGGGGUAUAAUAAAAUACAUUUUAAUUUAACAUGAAUCAUGCCUCUAAGGCUAGCCCCAGUAGGACGUCACACCAUUUAGACUGUAGUUCAAUAAAAAGGAGCUUAUUGUAGAGAAGUGCUUCAAUUUUUUAUGAGUGUACGUUAUGUCCAAACUUGUAAGAGCCUAAUUACUUAUUAUAUCCUCAAUAUGGUUAUUAUUAUUAAAUCAAGAAUUCUGUCGUCUUAAAAUGAGUUUAAAUUAUGUGCUUACAUUUUAUAAACAAAAACUAAAUACAAAUAAUAUAUUAUUAGCAACGUUAUGUUCUAUGUAUAAUAAUUAAUCAUAAUUAUAUGUGUGUCACAAUUUAAUUCAAUAAAUCUCAAAGUAUGUAGCAUUAUAAGCAAAAGUAGAAAAAUUCAUGUGAAGUACAAUAGUCUCAAAUAGAUGUAAGAUACACUCUUCAAUGUGUAUGUAUAUCAAUAACUUCGUGACUUCGACUUUAUAAAACUUUCUUAGGAAAAUUAUUUUUUCACAAAUGAACUUUCUAAAUAAAUGUUCUAGGUGAAACUUAAAACUUUCCAACUGUUAUACUCCGCAUAAUGUGUAUUUCUCGGCACCUAUUUCAUUAUUAGGACCAUCUUUAUCUGUCGGUUAUAAACUUAUCAUCUAAAUGAACCCCACUUCACUUUGCCUUAUAUGAUUAAAACAUUUCUAUCGUUACUCUAGUGUGUAAGCGCGUCUAGAUACUAUUCUUCCAAGGUUGUGCUUUAGUGAAUUUUCCAAUGUACCUAUACACCUACUUCGUUUACAAAUCAUCUCUUUAUCAAUGUGAUAAAAUAUUAUUUUGUUGUGUCGAAAUCUAACUCUUCGUCUUAACUGUACAUAGUUAUUGUAAACUCAUUCCCAAUUUCCUACGCACAACAUUUUCGUGAUAGUCUAGUUAAUCUUUAUAAUACUUAGAAUGAUCGAAAUGUGGGUACACAUCUCUGACUUUUAAUACUAUUUUUUAAUAUCCUGAAAUAGUCGGCAUUCUCACGAGUUUAGCAUUCAUGUUAUAGAUGUAGUCCGGGCAUUCCUGCAUCACGGAAUAAAUGUGGUUUAUUAAGUUAAUUAAGUAACGAGUGUAGAAAAAGAGCCUCACAGCUAUCUGGUAGAUGCAGAAUCUACUGAGUACACCGGCGCGAUCCUAACGACUGCGUCGUGAGCAUACUCCGCACUUUAUACAGUCCACUCGUUUAGUUACAAAUAAUAAGCAACUUCUUUAAGUAGAUAAAUAAAUAAUCGUGAAAUAAAUGAUAUUUUUGAUCAUCGGUGUUAGAAACAAACUACAUAUCUCGUGAUUGGUAUUUAAUAUAUUGUAUUUUGACGAUAUCUGUGUUCUUCCAGUGCUAUCAUAGCUUAGAAGCUCAUCUGACAAUAUUUAACUUGCUUACUGACGGGCUGUUACGUUCACGGGAAUGGCAAGCGGGCGGUGUCGCAACACUCGUGCCCGCUCGGCUGCGCGCACGCAGCGACACCGCCCCCUCUAACGAUACGAUUGCUCGGACAAGACUAUGGUGCGUCGUUUUUAUUUAUUCUAUUGUGGUUGUAUAUUUCCCAAGAGAGAGAAGUAUUUACUAGAAAUAUUCACUUAUUAGUAUAACUAAAUAUUUAAAUACUCAAAUUAUUUAAAAUGCCUAAAUAUAU